AUGAAGGAUAAAAGUUUCCUGCAUCUCUAUAAACACGUCUAUGGUUACGACAACGGCUGGGAUAUCGAAGAUCUUGUUGGUUUAGACCGAAAACUACAGCGUUGCCCCUAUUACGCUUCGAGGGAUCUAAUGGAGCAAGCGGAUAUAUUCGUGCCAUAUAAUUAUCUGAUCGAUCCUGCGGUGCGCAAAAGGAUGCAUAUUCCGAUCAACGGCAAUAUAAUUAUCCUCGACGAGGCUCAUAAUAUUGAGGAUUCGGCUCGUGCAGCUGCCAGCAGCGCUUUUUCUCAGGAAGACUUUCGAUUGGCUCUCAACGACUGUGAAAAGGUUCUACAGGUACGAGUAAAAGACCAAAAAUCCAAAGACAGAUUGAAACAGAUCUCCAAACUGGCUCAGUUUUCAUCUUACAUGAUGAAUUUGAUGGACGGUAUGGCCCCUAAAAGCAGCAGCGACGAUAAGGCCAUCAUGACAAGCAAAGAAUUCUUGGACAAACUUGUUCUUGACGAAUAUGGACCAAAUAUCUUGGCCAAACUAAGUUUUGUGGUUGAAGUCAUCUUUAACGAACAAAAUGGUGGUCGAUCCUCAUUAACGACGAGUCCAAUCAAGAUUGAAGAAGGGGAAGAAGAACCUGAAAUUGAUUCAAAAUUAGUUGACCCAAGGUUGCAUUUAUUGGCCACCACUCGAGCCACUCUAGAAGAUUUCCUUACGAUUGUUAAUUUAAUGUUGGUUGACGAAAAAACCCAUUUGGACGACUACCAGGUCGCAGUUGCACGUAGUCAAAAAGGCAACAUGAACUCCCAAUCGUCAAACAGUAGUAGCCCAUCUCGGUGGACCCCCGUCCUGAAAUUGUGGUGUCUCAAUCCAGCGAUGGUCUUGAAGCAAAUCCGCCAAAUAACGCGAUCCAUCAUAGUCACUUCAGGAACGCUGUCGCCUUUGGAUUCACAUGCGAGUGAAUUGGGCAUAGAUUUCAUGAUCACCCUGGAAGCCAGUCACGUAAUUCCGGCGAAUCGUGUGUGGAUAGCUUCUAUCAGUCAAGGACCCAGGAGCACUAAAUUGAACGGCAGCUACAAGACAACUAGUACCUUUGAAUACCAGGACGAAUUGGGACGGUUGAUGUUAUCCGUAUGCCAGACCAUUCCCCAUGGAGUUUUGUGUUUCUUACCAUCCUACAGCCUACUGGAGAAGCUUGUUGCUCGGUGGCAAGACACGGGUCUGUGGCAACACCUUUCUGCCAUCAAAACUCUUGUGUGUGAGUCGCGGAAUUCCAGCGCAUUCGAAGAGACCCUCAAGGAUUUUUAUUCGGCCAUCGAAGAUAGCCAAAGGUAUACAGUCUUACAGUUAUUAUUUUCUCCCUCUUUGAACACUUCCGGUGAAGAAAUGGCGGAAGAGUGUCCCAGCAAAAUAAAAUAUCAGACCCCCAGUGGCGCUUUAAUGUUGGCUGUCUGUCGAGGCAAAGUUAGUGAAGGACUGGACUUCACUGACUACAACGCCAGCGCUGUUGUUUGUGUCGGGAUUCCAUUUCCGUACUUGAAAGAUAAGCAAGUUGAACUGAAACGCAAGUACAAUGAUAAAAAGUCGACUUGUUCUUCACUACUCAGUGGAUCGGAAUGGUAUGAGAUACAAGAAUUUAUCUAUUAUAGGGCGUUAAAUCAAGCGCUAGGACGUUGCAUAAGACACACAGGCGAUUGGGGAGCUAUUCUACUUGUGGAUGAUCGUUUCGCUAAAACACCGCGCUAUGUGAAUCAGCUGUCUAAAUGGGCUCGGUCUUCCAUCCGCCAUUAUGAUUAUUUUGCUCCCGUGUUACAUUAUCUUAGCGAAUUCACGAAAGAGUUAGUGAAAGAAGACGCAGCUGCGUUACUCGCCGUUCAACAACAGACACUGCUUCAGUCUCCACGAGAAGCCCUCCUUUCGAUAGAAGAUAUGUCCAUUGCCAGUUCACCGCCUUCCGUCAAACCUAAGAAUGCCUCAUCCAGCACGAUUCCGGAAUAAAUGGAAGACAACUCCACCACUCGAUCUUCUUAGGUCAACGCAGUGCAAAGGUAUCAUUAAUAACUUGUGAUUCAGCAUUCAAUCAAGAUGAAAUUAAUAUGCAACCUUCUCCUGUUCUCUAAUAUUCCGUCCUCUUCCAAUUUGUUAUGUAUUAAUUGAAACGAUAUUCUUUGAUUUAUGUGAUCAUAUUUUUUCAAGUUAUUUACGUUUUCAAGGGCAAUUUGAUGAUUAAUGUAAUAACUUUUGAUCUCACGUUGAAAUUUGGCAUUUUUUUUCUAAUAAUG